GCGAGAAGGCGGCAUCCGCCCGGGGUCCCACCCGCGAGCGCCCUGAGGCCGCCGCCGCCGCCCUCGGCCUGAGAGGGACCCCCGUUUGAUAGCAGGAAGGAUGGCGAACCAGCUGGUGGUCCUCAACGUCUACGACAUGUACUGGAUGAAUGAAUACACUUCCUCCCUUGGAAUUGGAGUAUUUCACUCAGGAAUUGAGAUAUAUGGCAGAGAAUUUGCCUAUGGUGGUCACCCAUAUCCUUUUUCUGGAAUAUUUGAAAUUUCACCAGGCAAUGCAUCUGAAUUAGGAGAAACAUUUAAAUUUAAAGAAGCUGUUGUUCUUGGAAACACUGAUUUCAUGGAGGAAGAUGUAGAAAAAAUUAUAGAAGAACUUGGAAAAGAAUUUAAAGGAAAUGCUUAUCACUUAAUGCACAAAAACUGCAAUCACUUUUCUUCAGCUUUAUCAGAGAUUCUCUGUGGAAAAGAGAUUCCUCGUUGGGUGAAUCGUCUUGCCUAUUUCAGUUCCUGUAUUCCUUUUCUCCAGAGUUGUCUACCAAAAGAAUGGCUUACACCUGCUGCCCUUCAGUCUAGUGUAAGUCAAGAGCUUCAGGAAGUCCUAGAAGAAGCAGAAGAUGCUGCAACAUCAUCUUCUCUGCCAAGUUUGGCAUCAGGGGCAAGAACUGGCCAUCAUGCUAAAAUGUAGGUUUAGUCCAAAGUACUGUUACUUUGGAAGAUUUGUCAAUAACUGACUUCCAUUAUAUAAUAGUAAAUAGACAUUUGAUGGUGUCUUUGGUUUGCAAUUAGAGAACUAAUUCAAACCCAUGGUGUUCUGCUCAGGAUUUUCUAUGUAGCGAAAAAAGUGUCUUGAUGAAAUGGAAAGAACUCAAGAAUUCCAGUGUGGUCUUCGUUUUAAUCCAAUCAAAUGACUUGGACUAAUUGAGCAGAAGUUAAACUGUUUACAGUAUUGUGUGCUGCUGUUUACAAAUCCCCCAGGGGUAUCAGCCAUUAAAAGAAAAAUAAUAAAUUUAAUACAGCCUGCAUAACUUCAUCAACAUCAGUGGAAGUCAGUGUUCCUUGAUACUGCCUUGGAAAAGGUUAGGUUAGAAUAUGCCUCUUCCAACCGUUGUUGAUAUACAAGGAACUAGUGAAUGCUAUGUGUAAACAGGGUACAGAAUUAUCAAUUCAAAGAAUUUAGUCUUAGAAAGAAAGGAGAAAAAGCUUACUAUAUAGCCGAAAAGUUCCUAAAAUGUGACCUCUAUGUCAAUUUUUUUUCACUGUAUGAUGAGCAAAUUAAUAUUUUAUUACAAAUACAAGUGCAUUCUUUUGGGUGAUAUUGCAGUCAUUUUAUUUUAAUUGCCUCAUGCUUUUGUCUGAUUUGUAGAUAUGAAAAAUCAUUCUGAAAUUCUCAGAUAACAGUGCCUGUUUCAUGUAUCAUUUAAAACUGAACUUGUAAGAUGAAUGCAGAUACAGAUUCACAUAAACUUAGACAAGUUAAUUUAGAUAUGGUAACUGAUAGGUCAUCUGGACACUGACAAUGUGGAUUGUCCACAGAUGUAAACUGUUAUUAAAUAGAAUUCCAUAUUAGAAACAUGAAGAGAAGUGACAAUUGUAAUUGCCUUUCUCAGCAGUCAGAUUCAAAGAAACCAAAUGCUUUCUCCAACUCACUGUGGUUUUAGCUGAAUCCAUGAGUGUUUUAGAUGAAUAAGUUAUAGACAUUUUUGUGCCAUUAAAUAACAAUAUGUAUUGUGUGAACUACAAAAGAUCAAUCACAAAAAUAUCACAGGAAUGUCAUCGAUUUAACAUGUUCUAUUGCUGUCAUAUUUUCAUCGGGGUAAGGAUUAACAGUAGUACUGACAUCUAAUUGAAAUUGGGAUCAGAUUUUUAUUUAUAUAUGCUGCUCUAAGAAUUUUCCAAUUCCAUGGAAAGAGUGAACUGGAAACUAUGUUUAAACCAAGUCUUUCAGAGGCUUGCAUUGGUGAAGAACAUGAACUCUUGCAUGUUAUUUUGAUAGGUUUGCUGAUUACUUCUCUUAAUUGAGAAUAGCAUUAGCUGUUCUUCUAAUAACAUCAUUUUAUGCUCCUUUGUGCAUGUUUACUAUUGCAAACAAUAAUCAGGUAUGUAACAUCAUCCUGUUGAAGGUAAAAAAAAGUAUUGUCUAAAAUGUAGAAUAUUAAAAAUGUUACAUAUUGUAGCCAGUCCUUUUAGUAAGCCACUAAAUUGUCUUACUGGUCAUGUUUAUGAUUUAACUAGAGUAACUUUUCACUGGUUAAUUUCAAAAGAUAUCUAAUGUUUAAGUCCCAUACUCUUUGUUCUUUAACCAAAUCAUCUAAAUUGGGUUUCUGAGAAUACACUUUUGAAAUCAUAAAAAUAAGGUACUUCUCAGUAAACUGACAAUGGGAUAAAAGAUUUGGUUUCUCAGCUGACAUGGAAAAGGGAUUUCCCAGUAUGGGUCUUCAACAGUUAAGGAAGUUCACAUGUUAACAACGUAAACUCUGCUCCUGAGUCUGUGUAUGCUGAUAGGUAAAAAUUUCUCCACUCCUUUCAAGGAAGGGACAACUUGAUGCAUGUAUUUCUUGGCAUAUAUGGAGUUUUACCAGUGCCAUGGAAUUUUACCCAUACAGAACUGCUGAAACUAGCUUAAUCUCCAUCAAAUUUCUAUGAAGUAACUGGCUUUGCUUUGCUUUGCUUUAUUAAUCACAGCAUGUGACAUUUUAUGUUUUCAUAAUCAUCCGCAGCUUUGACAUGUAAGGAAUGCAAGGAAAUACAUGGCAUACUGAGUAAAAACAGUUCUUUAAUAACUUGGUUAUUCAUUCUGAUUUUAUUGGAAUUUUCUAUUUUACAUGUUGUGGCAUUUUAUAGUGACUGUAUGACUGAAACAGCUGAACUCUGAAGCUGCUACAACAUCUUAAGGAAUGAUGGGAGCUCUAUAACUUAUCACGUGUGCUAUAUCAAUUCUACACUUGAUUCCUUGAACAAACCAACCUGCCAAAAUCUGCUUUCCUAACUAGCAAUAGUUGAAAGUAUGUUUCACCAGCAUUACUACUCAGCAGGGAAUGCACUUCUCCCAGUAGCCAUAGUGUGCAUUAAAGAUAAAAACACUUUCUACCUAUAAUACUGGAUAUCUCAAGCUUA